AUGUCUUUCGCUAGGGAAAAACACAUUGCAUACAUUGAUGCAUUGAACAAAAAACAAGACGACUAUGAGUACUGGCUCUCGGAGCACUUACGGAUGAAUGGACUCUACUGGGGACUCACCGCACUCUGCCUUAUGAAAUCGCCGGAUACGUUGCCCCGAGACGAUGUGAUAGCGUUUAUUCUCAGCUGCCGUGACCCCAAUGGUGGAUUUGGCGCCUUUCCACGCCAUGACGGCCAUCUUCUCUCUACGCUAUCAGCUGUGCAGAUGCUUGCCACGCUCGACGCCCUAGACGUGCUAGCGCCUUCAGAGGUUGACUCAAUUGUAGCGUUUAUUAUGUCGUUGCAAUUGGAAAAUGGUGCUUUCCAAGGCGACUUGUUUGGUGAAGUAGACACACGCUUCGUGUACACCGCCAUCAACGCUCUCUCCAUCCUUGGACGGUUGACCCCUACGGUGGUGGAUGGCGCUGUGGAAUUCAUUUCGCAGUGUGCCAACUUUGACGGAGGCUAUGGGAUGGUCCCAGGUGCUGAAAGCCACGCAGCGCAGGUGUUUACUUGUGUAGGAACUCUUGCGAUCACCAACCGACUUGACUUGGUGGACCAGGAAUUGCUAGGUUCGUGGCUCUCGGAGCGGCAGUUGCCGAAUGGAGGAUUGAACGGGCGGCCGGAAAAGCUCCCGGAUGUGUGCUACUCUUGGUGGGUGCUCUCGUCGCUCGCCAUCAUUGAUAAGCUCCACUGGAUUGACCACGCAAAGUUAUACGAGUUUAUUCUCAAGUCCCAGGACGAUAAGGACGGCGGAAUCAGCGAUCGGCCGGAUAACCAGGCGGAUGUCUACCAUACCGUGUUUGGGAUUGCUGGCUUGAGCUUGAUGGGGUACGAAGACUUGGUUGAGGUGGAUCCGGUGUACUGUAUGCCGAAAAGUGUCACGGAUGGGUUCAAGAAGUGGCCGUAUGAGUAA